UUGUACAAAAAGAGUAAAAAAUAUAACCUUAAAAGUAUUCAAAAUAUUUCCUAUUUAAAAAUAAAUAUGAGUGUUUUUAAUAUAACAAUUCUCUUUUAAUAAUUGUAAUUAUACUAACGCCACCUGAGAUGGGUGCUUUAGUGACAAAGGCCUUGCGACCAAUAAAAUCAUUUAACAUUGAAAAUCGUGCACAUCGUAUUAUUUCUAAGGAGAAACCAGUGCCAGCUCCUAAAUAUCCUGAAAAUAUUGAGGAUUUAAAGCGAUCUCUCAAAUCCGACCCCAAUUUAGAUGAGAAACUUGAUAAGAAAGACCCAAGCUUGGACGAUAGACUUCGCGAUGUUUAUGUAACCUCUCUUGGCCGGCCUGAAGACGAUAUUACGCGGGAAAAGAGGAUACAAAACCCUGACCGGCCGCUACCUCUAGACCGGAAGAUGCCGGAAGAGUUUGAAUAUGGUUUUAAAGAACCAGAAAAAUUGAAGUAUGGGCAUACGAUCCUUCGCGACGUGUUAAAUUUCAUUUCGGCGCACCAGAGUAAUCCUAACGAGGUUACAGCAUCAAAAAUAGCCUUCGAAUACAAGAUGAGAGAAGAUGAUGUAAAGACAAUAUUGAAAUAUUUUAAAACUUAUGAAGUGUAUGUACCAGAGACUAAACAGUCGCCAGCAAUUUUUGCAGGACCAGCCAGUUUAAGAAAGCAACUUGAACCAAGUGAUGUGAAAAAGAUAAAUAAUACAGAUAAAGUAAUAAAUAAUAUAGGAGAAAAACAUGUUAAGAGUCCAACAUAACAUCUAUGUAAUUUCUACAGUAGACAAACUAAUAUUUUGUUAUGCAAGAUAACAAAAAAUAUUUAUUACAAAUGAAUUAAUUAUAACUUGGGAUGGAUGAUUGUAACCUACUCACAAUAUGAAUUAUCUUAAUGUUUUUAAUAACUAUUCUAAAUUAAUUCCGUUACUAUGUUUAUAUGUAGCACUUGUUGGCCAGCAUUCAUGUUUAGUACAAGCAUAGAUAAGAAAUAAUAUAUCAAUAGACUGACUAAACAUACAUAUGUUUCUUUGUCUGUAGUCAUAUCUCAUCAUAUUUAAUAAUGCAUUCAAAUGGGCACAAAGUUACCUAUCUAUUAUAAUACAGUUCUACAUACUAUGUAUCUAAAGGAAUAUGAAAUGACACAC